CCAAGAUCCCGUCGUCGAGCAAAGCGGCGCAGGAUCGCAACGCAAAGCCGAUCGACGCUCCGCAAGCAACACCCGAAAUGCUCACAUGCCUUCCCCCGGCCUACAUGAUAGCCUAUGAGGCCCUCAAAGUCCUUGGCGAAGCGCUCGUGCGCUGCAGUACGCUUGGGGGUGCGACACACGACGGGACCUUUGACGGCGCACUGGCGUCGAUCCUGCGGAUCGAAUCACCGACACUCGAAUCGGUCCGCAAGCUCAACCGACUCGUGCGUCAGUUGAUCGACAUGUACCAUCCCAACAUCGCCUCGUUUUUCGGCGUCAGCUGGAAGCUGGGCAAACCGUUGUACGUUGUCACGGAGCACGCUGUGCACGGAACGCUCGCGGGGCUGCUGGCGUCCGACGCGGACCUGAGCCUCGACCUUAUUGUACACAUUCUAUUGGACGUGGCGAGGGGUAUGUUGUACCUCCAUUCGCAGCCAAAGCCGAUCCUUCAUCGGGAUCUGCGCGCUGAAAACAUUCACCUCAUGCACAAUCUCAAGGCAAAGGUGGCAAAUUUCGAGCUCAGCGGCAAACUCGGACUCGACACGUCGCUGGUGGGGACGCCUGCGUGGACGGCUCCCGAGAUGUUGCGAGGCGAGAAGGACUAUACGGAAAAGAUCGAUGUCUACUCGUUCAGCAUGC